AUGCCUCAGAGCCGCUGUAAAUUACUCCAGCAUGGCCGAGCUAUAAUUAGAUCUCUUGAGGAGAACCGAGGGGAAGGAACAGGUUCACGAGACUUGAAAACGGUGCGGGUCGCGUCCCCUCCACCGAUAGUAAAAGAGGCAUCUUUCCCCGAGGUGAAGGAGGAGCCCGGAGGAGAAGAGACGACGAAGGCUUGGAAGCUGAAGGAGCGGAGGCUGAGGGACUUCUACCGCCAAGAAGAGGAAGCCGCCUCUGACCUCAGGCUGGUCAAGGAGGAACCCACCCCUCUCCAGUCCCUGGCCGUCCUCCUGUCGGACACCAACAACAACAAGCCCUUCUCUUGCGGCGUCUGCGGCAAGGCCUUCACCGCUAGAGCGCAAUACACGGCGCACUGCAAGGCGCACGACACGCCCAAGCCGGAGCAGACCUGCACUCACUGCGGGAAGAUCUUUCUCACCAGGGCGUCCCUCAAGGUUCAUUUACGUACUCAUACAGGAGAAAAACCAUUUCAAUGCUUGGAAUGCGGCAAGCAAUUUUCACAGCUGAGGAACUACAAAUACCACAGGUCAGUACACGAGGGGACCAGGGAGUUCGCUGCGACCUGCCCGGAAUGCGGUAAGUAUUUCAACGACAGAGGAUACCUCAGCUCACACAUGAAGAUCCACCGGAACCGGAAGGAGUACGGGUGCGAGUACUGCGGGAAGAGCUUCAACCAGCGGGUGGCCUACAACAUGCACGUCCGGAUCCACACCGGGGAGAAGCCUCACAGUUGCCAGCACUGCGGGAAGGCCUUCUCCAGGAAGAUGCUGUUGAAGCAGCACCUGCGGAUCCACACGGGUGAGAAGCCUUUCUCCUGCGUGGUCUGCCAGAAGGCGUUCGCCGACAGGUCCAACAUGACCCUGCACAUGCGGCUCCACUCCGGGAUCAAGCCGUACUCCUGCACGGUGUGCAACAAGUCGUUCACGAAGAAGCACCACCUCAAGACACACAUGAACUACCACACCGGGGUGAAGCCGUACUCGUGCGAGAAGUGCGGCCUCAGGUUCAGUCAGUCGAGUAACAUGCGGACUCACUUCAAGAAGUGCACGUCUACCGGGCCGCAGCCGCCUCCUCCAACGUCCGUCGACGGCCAGCAGCCGCCGCCUCCUCCUCCUCCUCCUCCGGUCAUCCCGCUCCAGACCAUUCCUGUUUCUACCCUCAUUGCCUGAUCCUUGAUCUUAUGAUCAGCUUUAAUAGGUUCAAUUAAGGUAAAACGCAACACCUUUGUAUUCGUAGAAAUAUUUAUUUGUAUAUUUGUGUAUAUUAAAAUCAAGCAUAUUUUGACUGUCACAGGGCAAGAGUCAUUAAUUAUAAUUUACCUUAUGAAGCAAUCACAAUGGCUAAGAAUUCACACUAAAUUUUUCUGAUUAAUAUAUAAAAAUAAAAUACAUCAUGUCAAUAAUAAUAAAGGGUCUGUUGGGCAAAUGCCUGAUUCUAAACCUUUACUUCAACCCCCAUUUUAAAUCUUCAACCAAUGGCAGGACCUUGUUUAUUUGUCGUUGGACCAAGGAAGUUAUCACAAAGAUGCUAUCAAAGAUAUUUUUUGUGUAUGUGAGUCGUAUAAUAAUAAAUUGUUUCACUGAAAUCUAAUCUAAAAUCAUGGUUUGAGUUCAGAUUAAGCGUAAAAAUAAAUUAAAAUCCGUUCAUAACUCCUGUAUUAUUUAAAAAUAAUAAUUUUAAAUUUAAAAUUUAUUAAUUUUUGUAUCAAAAAUUAAUAAAUAAAAAAUACAGUAUCUAU